ACAAAGUCACUUUCUCUGUCCCUAUAUCCCUAUGCUUAAAUCUUUAAAACUACGCAACGGAUUUUGAUGUGGUUUUUUGACAAAUAGGGUGAUGCAAAAGGAAGGUUUUUAUGUAUAUAUAAUACAAGAUCACGCGGGCGAAGCCGCUGGCGGAAAGCUAGCGAAUUAAUAAAUCCAGUAUUUCACAUUUUUAUACAUCAAGUAUAUCGUUCUUUAGGUAUUCGGGUAACUUAUUAUAAUAUCAUAAAUAAUUAUAAUUUUGUGUAGCUUAGCAAGAUUUCGUUUAGCAGAUAUCAAUUUGUAGUUUAAUUUAUUAAAUCUCUUUGCCCGAAUACCGCCAAACUAAAAUUGAUAUUGAAUUAUAUAUUUACGUAUUAGACAAUAUAAUAUAAAAAAUAUGGCCCAUUGAUAACAACACAAAAUCACGUUUUAAUUUUACAAAACACUAAAUUGAUGACAUAACGUAGGUAUGAAAAACAUUGUAGUCUAUAUUUUAGAGAUUGAUUGACCAUGCAUUUCUGACGAUUCAAUAACCUAUAAGCGACAGCCCUACGUGUUUAGGCUUUUAUCUUUCGCUUGGGUCUCGAGUGCACCUACUUAUAUAUUUGUACUGUGAUCGGACGGAGUUUGAAUUCUAUCAUAAUGUAAUAAUAAAACAUCGUAUAAAUCACAUAUAUAUCUCACACUACAUUAUUGUACACACACUGUAGCAAUGUUGUAUUAUCUAAUAAAUAAGUAUUUAAAUAUUGUUUUUUUUUUAUUAUCUAAUUCAAGUUACUCUAGUUGGUCUGUGGGCAAAGCUUACGUAACGGAUGUUACGUCGAGGCCAUUUUGUUUGUACAAGUUGCUAGUUGCUUGGCAACGUAAGUUACUCAGUUGACUUCGGCAGCCGGCUUUCCUUUUGUAUGUACGCGCGCUAUUAGUAUUAUUGAUGCGGCGCGGCCGGCGGCAAAUCGCACGGCACGGCAGUUGUAUAAAACGUUGUUAACGCAUCACUGUUUCUAUAAUAGUAUUUUAUGCUAAAUAUUAUAUCUACUAAAUAUUUCAAUUAUCUCAAUAACUAUAGUGUAGUCUAGUGCGUGAUUUUUAUAUAAAAGCAGUGUUCGAUAUUCCUUCACAAUGGCAACAGAAGUACCGAAAACCGCUCCAGAAAAUACAGAAAAAGAGAAGGAAUUAAAAGAAGAGGCGGCGGUUGACAAUGGUCAAAAUAAAGAGGACGCCUCAGCACAAAAAACCGAAGAAAAAACAGAAGAGAAAAAGUCAGAACCAGCCCCGCCCAAGCCCUCUGUUCAUAAAGUUAAUUAUGAAAAAGAUGUCGUGUAUCUGUACCAGUUUUCACGGACGCCGUUGUUACCUUCGACAUCUCCUUACUGCUUGAAAGUUGAAACAUGGCUCCGCUUAGCUGGUAUAAAGUACGAGAAUGUCCCGCAUAUGGCGAAAUACAGAUCAAAAAAAGGACAACUGCCUUUUGUGGAGCUCAACGGCGAAGAAAUAGCCGACAGCGCUUUCAUUAUCAAGGAGCUAUCCGAGAAAUACAACAAGGAUCUUGAUGCUGCUCUGACACCGGAGCAGCGAGUGGUCGCGCACGCAAUGAUUUCGAUGAUCGAGAAUCACCUCUCCUGGGUGAUACUGUGGUGGCGUGCCAAGUAUCCGGACAGUGUCAUCAAGGGCUACCAGGUCAAUUUGCAGAAUGCACUAAACACACGUCUGCCAAAUCCGAUCUUAAACUUCUGCUACAAAUUAACAUCUGGACGCAAGGGUAUGAAGAAAGCAAAAGCCCACGGUAUCGGAGUGCAUAGCCAGGAGGAAAUAAUUGAGUUUGGCAAGAACGAUCUGCGUGUCCUUUCAGAUUACUUGUCUGAUAGGCCGUUCUUCUUUGGCGACGAACCCACUCUUCUCGAUGUGGUGGCGUUCUCGAAUCUCGCACAACUGCAGUUCCUGGACAAGGAAGUAACACAUCCCCUGCGAGAUGCGAUGAACGAGUCUUUCCCGAACCUGGUCGGUCUUGUGUCUCGCAUCAAGGAGCGCGCGUUCCACGAUUGGGAGGACAUUUGCACCACCCUCGACCUAAACGCCCACCUACCGAAGCCACCCAAAGAGGUGAAGGAGACUAAAGAGGGCACUGGACCCGCUGAGAAACAACCGCUGCCAGACGACACUGAAAAGGGCAAGGGCGAUGAAAAGGAAAAGGAACUCGAAAAGGAGCCAGAAGAAAAGAAAGAGAAGGACAACGAAAAGGAAAAGUAAGAUGUAACAGAAAGACGCGAUACAAGAUUAUAUAUGUACCGUAAAGUUUCAAGCUGAAUUAUACACUUAGGAGUCAGACUCGUAAUAGAUUCUGUAUAUUGUAAGCGUGUAAAUCCAUUUGUCUUUCCCAUUUCUUUCAGUUGUCGACGCUCGUGCGUCAAGCGCUUUAUUAUUGUAUUGACAUUUUUAUAUUAUAUUACAUAUAUAUAAAUUUUCGUCGAUGUCGUCUAGUACGCAGUAUUUUCAUUAUCGGUGUGUAAGGUAAGACGUGUUUUCUCAACCGUCUUGCUGUGUUUAAGCAGUUACUCAUAUUAUUGUAAGAAUUAUACGUUUUAUGCUUAAUAUAAUGUAUUCUAUGAAAUUACUUAUUUCAGUUUGUAUUUUUUUGGAGUUAUCAAGUGAAAUAUCAUAUAAAUAAAUUUGGUUGUUAAGGUACUUACAGGACUAGUUAAUCAUAUUAUUCAUAUUAAUAGUGUUUAAUAAGGAAACAUAAAUGUUUACAUUCGUAUUACAUUGUCUUGUUACGUAAGUGAAUUGACUCAAUUUGACAUCUAUUAAAUUAAAAAUAAGUGUAAUUUAGGGAGCGUCACAUGACCUAAGUGUUAGUAUGUCGUAAUAGGUGUCACAAUUUACAUAGUUAGUUCAUUCACGAAUUCAUCCAAAUCGAAUAGCGCCCUACUUAUUACGAAAUUUAAAAUGCUACAAAAGUUAAGUCUAGUAUAAUACCAAAAUUUGGCUGACAUUAGUUGAUAAAUCAAGGAAAGUAUUACACAAUUAUCUAAAGCAAAGCUGGUUAGCACGCAAUAUGGAAAGAGCAGGCGUGUGAUUAGACUGUUUUGAAAUUCUUGUACUUUAUUGAUUUUUACAUAUAAAAAUUUACAAUUUACAAUUUUUGAUAAACGAAAAAUGCCUGGAAGACUGUUUUUCAUGUUAUUAUGUAAUUCAUAGUCCAUAAAAUUUUGAUAUUGUAUUAAUUGUUAAGAUUUAGGGAAGAUUGUACUCAAAUUUUAUAUGGGCACAUAAUUAACUUUCCAUAUUUAUGAUAUUACAGCAUUAAGCGUUGUGAAAACAAUGAGUCUAUGUCAUUCCCGAUUGUGCAUUAAUUUAACUCUGUUACCUACUGCAUUUAUUUCAAUGCGCAAUGUACGUAAUUAAUUGUUAUUCAAUACUCAAUAAAGACUGCUUUUUUAAUACUUAGUAUACAUUUAAAUUUUAAACAGUUCAUGACAUCAUUAUUUCAUAUUUGUAAUUUAUAUUAGAUCUGGAGCGUUAGUCACUGAAACAGGCUUAUUGCAUUAUAUUCAAUGGAAUUUGUAAUUCAUAGUCAUUUAUUAGUUUAUGAUCAUAAUAUAGAAACAUUCCAAUGUUUGUGGCUCACCUUAUAAGCGAUUAUUUUAUUUAAAUAUUAAUUUCUCAACAUCUUUUUUGGCGAAAAAUAGACAGCUUAUAAAUUUAUCGAAGGGGAGGGAGCUUCGCGCUGUGACCUUUGCUUGAGAGUAGAUUGUGAAAUAAGUCGGUCGUUGUUCGUAAGGUGGUGUUUAAUCUAGUAAUUACACUUUGAAAUUUCUCAUCCCAAGUUUUACAUUUGAAUUCGAUAAUAUAAGAAAUAAUAUCUGUAAGUUGACCACUUGCGGUUUUUGAAGAGGCAUCAUAAAUAAUCGUAAGAUAAUAUACGUAGGUAGGGUAGAGUAGUAGACGGGAUUGUCGUGCUACGGUAGAGUAAGGACGAGCCGAUGGCGAAUUUGUUGAUGUCGUUCAGAUCUAGUUGUAAUACCGAUAAAACUAUAUGUAAAAAUAUAAUAGGUGGACUUUUGUUUGUUGUAAGAUUUUUUAUUGACAUUUUUGGGGAAUGGUUGACACUGAUGUCCCUCCCGACAACUGCUGACCAUCACUGCCAUUAGUCUCAGGUUAUAAGGUGUUAAGAAUAAGGAAAAAAUAGAUUAGGAAAAGUGGAUGUAUUUUGAACAAGUGGACCCUCCGGUUGUCUCGCGCACAGCGGGACAUCGAUGAGGCGGAUGUUUAACAUAUACCUCUUUGACUAAAAAUGCCCUAGAUACAACAUUGACGCACGAAAAUUGCGUUUGUUACAGAACAGUUAUGACUGUUUCAUAACUGUUCUGUAACAAUCGCUAAAAUAAUAUCAUAUAGGUGUUAGAAAAGGAAUGCGAUUACCUAUCAUACUACUAUUGGCAAGUAUAUGUUACGUUAUAUAUUACAUUUUUAAUAUCAAAAUAACUGUAAAACUCAAAUGCAUGUACUAGUUUUCUUGUUUAAAUUAUUUGAAAACGCAUGUCGGAUUCGCAAUGUAUUAGUAUAAACUUGUUUCUUGAUCGUACUAUAUCAAAUUAAUUAUCAGUAAUAAAUAUUUAAAUCUAUUAUAUCACAAUUUAUUUUAGUCAAGUAUUGGACUCUGAGUAUGAAUUUGCAAGUGAUGUGGUAUGUAGGGUUUUUUUAAUCACAGAUAUACCUAUAUAUUCGUAACGGUUAUUCAUUAUAUACUCAUAAUUAUUGCUGUAUAAGGCAUUUGUGGCUAAUAUUCGCGAGCCUGUUUCAGUGUAAUGCAACAUCUCGAUAGUGUAUUUAGAUACUUAGUUGAAUCUCAUCAGUGUAACGCCACACAAUAUACAGAUUGAAUACCUUAGAUGAGAAAUUGUCAUCAAUUGAUUACGAGGAGAGUUUGAUUUGUCGUCACGGGCCGUAAUUAUAGAACUAAGACUAGACUUAAAACAGACAUUUUACAUUACAUCUAAUUCAUAUGUACUUUAGUAAUGGGGCAAUAAAAAAUUUUACUCUACAUAAAAUUAGAUGAAACGUUGGUAGCAAGUUCUCUUGCAAAUCGACUAAAGUAUUAUUCUUUAUUGCCUCACGCCAUAGAAUUGUAAUCUAUGUGGUAAUUAUAUUUAACGACACAUAUUCUGACUCGACGUGUAUUGCUGUAAGUUAGUGUUAUUAUACAAAUUAAUCUAAUCCUAAAUAUAAGUAUUUCAAAUAUGUUCAUAUUAAUAGAGCAGUAGAGAGAACUAUAAGAAAACUGAUCUAUAACUCGUAUUUAUGAUUCUUAAUUUUAUAUUCCUUCAAUAUAGUAGUUGUGGUUUUCAAUUAUUGUGUCAAUGAUAUUUAAAACUAAAAUUAUUCAAUUAGAUAUUGUUAGCCAUAAAUAUACCGAUUAAAUACAACUGAGCUUUGUCUGGACACAAUGUUCUCAUAAGAAUUUCAGUGUAAUAUUCUGUCGCCAUUAAAGUAUGUAUCUAC